AUGGACCCUAACAACAAUCGUCUCCACCUGAAUUUCGGGUACAAUGAUCGUGCAUUCAAUCCCGCAGCCAACAACCGCGCGUAUCCCACCACGCCCUCCGCGUUCCCCCAGCCGAUCUAUCAGAACCAGGGGCCCCAGGAUUAUAUGGAUGCUCAGAACGGAGCUUAUGGUCAAGGAUACUUCAUGGCCAACCCGUAUCCCCCGCAAGCGCAAUAUGCUCAGCCGCACUAUGGCCAGCCCAACAUGCCAUCCCCUCAGCCGGCCUACCAGUCUCGCAUGGGAUACAACACCAACGAUGGCACCAACGGUCUCAUCCAACAAUUUUCCAACCAGGAUUUGAACGCCAACCGUGCGGGCUUCUUUGCCCGCUCGGCCUCCCCCGCCCAGAGACCUCGCACUGCUGGUUCUUCUGCUCCCGGCCAGCAGCAACCCCAUCUGGCCCCUCCAAUGCCUCGCAGUCCCCGAACUCCAUCCGAGAAUGAGGAACUCCAACGCUACCCCGAGCGGUUCUCAGAGAACAUCCACAAGCGUGGUAAGGCGGCCAAGGAGCUGGUCAACGUUUUCUUCCAUGAGAACAUUGAGCGUGCGCGUGACCGUAACCUGCGUUCUGCCGAUCUGGACAAGAUGAUUCGCGACCCUGGCGUUGCCAAGGAAAAGAAGCGCCAGGAGGGCGAGGUGGUUUCCAAGAAAGAAUCGAACUUCCUUCGAUUCCUUCGAACCAAGGAGGCACCGUCGAAUUUCCAAACUAUCAAGGUCAUCGGAAAGGGUGCCUUUGGUGAGGUUAAGCUGGUGCAAAGGAAAACCGAUGGCAAAAUCUACGCUCUCAAGUCUCUGAUUAAGACGGAGAUGUUCAAGAAGGAUCAGCUGGCUCACGUUCGUGCGGAGCGUGACAUUUUGGCCGACUCCAAGGACAACCCAUGGCUCGUGAAGCUGCACGCCUCUUUCCAGGACACUGCUUACCUUUACUUGCUCAUGGAGUUUUUGCCUGGUGGUGACUUGAUGACUAUGCUGAUCAAGUACGAAAUUUUUUCGGAGGACAUUACACGAUUCUACAUGGCGGAGAUUCUGAUGGCCAUCGAAGCUGUGCAUAAGCUUGGUUUCCUUCAUCGUGAUAUCAAACCUGACAACAUUCUCUUGGACCGGGGUGGCCAUGUGAAGCUUACUGAUUUCGGUCUUUCUACCGGAGGCAAGAAGACACACGACAACUCGUACUAUCAAAAUCUCUUGAAAAACUCGACAUCAAAGGACAAGAACCGCAACUCCGGAUACUUCAACGAUGCGAUCAAUCUGACUGUGUCAAACCGUGGACAGAUCAACACCUGGAGAAAAUCUCGUCGGGCUAUGGCUUACUCGACAGUCGGAACUCCAGACUACAUUGCUCCCGAAAUUUUCAACGGUCAAGGAUACACCUACCUUUGCGAUUGGUGGUCUGUUGGUGCGAUUAUGUUCGAGUGUCUUGUCGGCUGGCCUCCUUUCUGCGCUGAGGAUACGACCGAUACCUACCGUAAGAUUGUGAACUGGAGAGAAUGCCUUUAUUUCCCUGAGGAGCUCACUUUGUCGCGUGACUCGGAAUCUCUUAUUCGAAGUUUCUUGUGCGAUGCUGAGCACCGUAUUGGUAGCGACGGUGGCCAGUUCGGAGGUGCAACACAAAUUAAGAACCACCCAUUCUUCCGUGGAGUUGUCUGGGAGCAACUUCGCAACAUCCGUGCUCCAUUCGAACCUAAGCUGAGCUCGAAUAUUGAUGUUUCGUACUUCCCUAUUGACGAGAUUCCUCAAGAGGAUACUAGUGCCAUCCAUCGGGCUCAGGCUCGCGCUAUGCCAGAUGAGCAGGAAGCUGAGAUGAGUCUACCGUUCAUCGGAUAUACAUACAAAGCAUUCAACGCCUUCCAAGGGAACUGA